UCACAGAAUGCAUCUCCUGACGCUGUUCUUUGGGGUUGUGCUUCUCCCUAAAGCCUACACCUUGAAAUGUUAUGAGUGUGUACCGGGAAUCUCAGGAACCUGCACAGAUACAUCAAAAGAAUGCCCUUUGCGGGGUCAACAGUGUGGGGUGAUUAAAGUCACUUCAUAUGCAGUUGGUUCAAAAAUUCUUGAUGUCAACUCAAAAAGCUGUGCUUUGGCUGAAGAGUGUGUUGAGGCCUCAAUCAACUUUGGAAUCGCCAACACCGUAAUAACUAGCAAGUGUUGCACCUCCGAUCUCUGCAACAACCAACCUGCCCCUGAACCCAGCAAAUCCAAUCCAAAUGGUAAAAUGUGCUUCUCCUGCGAUGGACAACAGUGCACCAACACUCUAAACUGUGAGAGGAAUGAGGACUACUGCAUCUCAUCAAAGGUGAAUGCAGGAGGUCAAACAGUGACCAUGAAGGGCUGUGCCUCCAAGACGAUUUGCUCAAAGCAAACCACACAGACUGCAGGAGCCCUUGGAACAGAAAUUAGCUGCUGUCGGGGGAACUUCUGCAACAGCGCCAGCAGCACAAGUGCUGGCCUUCUGCUCCUGGUGGCACCGCUGGUCUCUUUGGUCAUGCUCUCCUAACUGGUGGAGACGGCAGCAUCACCACUCAGCUUUUCUCUCAUCUUUGCAUGGCCUCAUACUGCUGCUCACACCCCGGUCCCAAUCCUUUCAAGUUUAAGUGUAAAAAUACAAUUUAAUAGAGGUUUCAACUUGUCUCUAGCCUCAUACAAUUUCUAGCCAGCAUUUGUUUUAUUUUAUUUUUUAUUUUUUGCAUGUUUUCUAUGAUAAGUGUUUUGCAUAGAGUGAGUUACAGCUUAUCCUGUUAUUUUAUUCUUAGAACAAGUACAAAAAUAAAUGCUUAUGUUGAUGCACAGUUUUUCUUCUGGGUGUUAUCCUGACG